CUGACCCCUGCUAUUCUGUUGGUGUGGAGGAUAAGGACUUUCUCCCAUUGAAUCUUUGCAUCUGUGACUGAGGAAGAGGGAGGACACUCAGACACGGACCAGCGAGAGGUUUUUAGGGGAUCUCACACUGCUCAUGCCCCUGCUCUCCUCUCUGAGGAAUGGGCACCACAGAGGCAACUCUACGAAUGGAGAACAUGGAAGUGAAAGAUGAGUGGCAGGAUGAAGACUUCCCCAGACCACUACCAGAGUACGGAGACAUGGAUGCCUCUUGUGGUCUCACAGACGACAGAGCCUCUCCCCCUAACUCCCUGAAUGUGAGCCCACCUGGAGGAGGCGGAGGCGGUGUGUCCUCGUCCCACCGUAAACGCCGUACGCUGGUUGCCCCAGAGAUGAACCUUUCACUGGACCAAAGUGAGGGUUCUCUGCUGUCAGAUGACUUCCUGGAUACACCGGACGACCUGGACAUUAAUGUUGAUGACAUCGAUACGCCUGACGAGACAGACUCGCUGGAGUUCAUCACCAAUGGCAACGAGCUGGAGUGGGAAGACGACACGCCGGUGGCCUCAGCUAAAGCAGGUCCCAGUGACAGUUCAGGAGAAGCAGACGGGGAUGGGAAUGCCAACAACGGACGCCUCUGGAGGACGGUGAUCAUUGGAGAACAGGAGCAUCGUAUUGAUAUGCAGGUCAUCAGACCCUACCUCCGGGUGAUCACACACGGAGGUUAUUAUGGCGAGGGCCUUAAUGCCAUCAUCGUUUUCUCUGCCUGUUACCUGCCUGACAGCAGCUGUCCAGACUACCACUACAUCAUGGAAAACCUCUUCCUGUAUGUGGUGAGCAGUCUGGAGAUGCUUGUGGCUGAAGAUUACCUGAUCAUCUACAUGAACGGAGCCACUCCUCGGAGUAAGAUGCCUGGGAUUAGCUGGCUCAAGAAAUGUUACCAAAUGAUUGACAGAAGACUGAGGAAGAACCUGAAGUCUUUGGUCAUUGCUCACCCCACCUGGUUUAUACGCACUGUCCUGGCUAUAUCCAGGCCCUUUAUCAGUGUGAAGUUUAUGAAUAAGAUCCAGUAUGUCCACAGCCUGGAUGAGCUGGCAGAGCUCGUCCCCAUGGAGCACGUCCAUGUUCCCGAGUGUGUGGUGCAAUUUGACGAGGAGAGGAUUAAAGCGCGGAGGGAAAGGAUGGAGCAGGAGCACAGACAGCAGGAGCAGCAGCAGUCAGUCCCGCAGGAACCAAUUAAAAAGUCUGAGCGGCCAAAGUCAAUGAUUGUAAAUCAAGGAUUAUGAGAAGGACAGAGCUGUGCAGAUGAAGUGUGUGACAGACAUAUGGAGCAUGAAUCCUUCAAUUUAUACCCAUAUGAAGCAGUGGUCCAGCAAGUCUACAUGUGCUUCCUCGUUUUACCAACAUACAGCUGACGAUUUCUGCCGUCAUUUUCCGAUCAAAAUGAUGAACCUCUGUCUCAUUAUUCCUCCAUCUGGAACCCAUUCUCCCUCUUUGCCAGAAGGUUUCAUAUUGCAGCUUAAAGAUGUACAAAAGAAACCGCUGCUCUGUUACAAUAAGUGUUUCACCAUGGAAAGUGAGGUUGGGUUCAUCAAGUCAUUAACCUGCUAUGUGGUCGGAUAGCUCAUAUUGUAAUAAUACAUCCACGUGAGGCUCUCAAAGGCCAGAACUUUGACAGAAAGUUAACACUCUGUAAUGUAACACAAAAACUUAGAAGAAAGACAACUGAUUUUGGAAAUGAUGGUGAAACAACUGUAACUCCAAUUGUGGUUCCUUAUGUUGUAACUAACUCUGACAAUGGGAGAUAAAAGGUUUUUCCCUGACAAUGAUGAUCUGUACAUAUGUUAUGAAAGAUUUAGCAGACCAGAGAUGUCUUACAGCAACAUUAUUGAUGUAGCAGAUGCAGAGCUUGGGCCAGUAUGUGACCACCUGGUUGCACACAUUGAUAUUCAUGCUGGUUCGUGUGAAUAAUAUAAUGUGUAUUAGAUGUAAAUAACAAUGGAUUUCCAAUGCAUCGGAUGCCUUCAUCUUAUUUUUUUGCCUCAUAACUGCUGUAUCUUAAGGCCUUUUCAAGCUCUCUUUUGCUGGAUUCUGAAAAUGUCCAAACGUACUAAUAUCAGUACUGUACCUUGUGUUAUGAUGUGCCUCAGUCGUCUUGUGUGUAGAAAAUGCAGGAACAUGAUCGAUAUUUGCAUUUUGUGACCUGAAAAAACCCAUAUGAGCAAAUCUAUAAGAAUCAUAUAUAUGUUGUAAAAUGAUUAUGCAGGCAAUGCUUGUUUGUUUUGUGUAACAUGGUUAUGGCCACAUACACAGAGAACAUUAGACAAAUAUACAGUUUCCUGCAUAAUAUCUAAACUAUAUGGUCUGUGUGUUACAUACUGUAUGUCAUCUAUAAGAUAAAUAUAAUACUAACCCACCAUAUACUACAGUCAUUUUUGAAAUCUGUGUAAAAGUGGCCAUAAUCAAGACAAAAUAUAUAUAAGCAUUGUACAUAUGUUUGCAUAUUCAUUUUAGAAAUUGCACAUGUGUAUAAUUCUUAUAGGUCUGUUUUGUUCAGGAACAUUUGUUGUCGGCUCAGAUUGUGAAAACACUUUCUGACAACUAACUUGAUACAGUAUAAAGCAGCUUCUGAAAGGAAGACAUUUGGAUCAUUAUUGACGUUUAAGAAGCUAAUGUGGAGAUUGAUUUCAGCAGCGUGGCAUCUCCUUAUGUUUUCUGUAGUCGUUACUGAUCAACAUUUGGGACAUGUUCUUCAAUAAUAGAAAUCUAAACAUUUCUCAAACACCCUAAUGCAUUAUGGGUUGUACAUUUUAUGGGAUGGAUUUUCUCUAAUGUCUUCCAUCACUUCAACUUAUUGUAGCAGGAGGGCAGAUGAACAAGAAUGUUUAUUUUUGUGAAGAAGUGCAAAAUUACAUUUCCCGCCUGCCUCGUUUUGCACUAUUCGAUUUGUCUCAUAACCUUUGAAUGGUUUCAGCAUAUAAUGUGAUCGACUUAUGUUUAUGAGUUGAUGUG